AUGCACAGGCUGAGGCACCGGGGCCCCGACUGGAACGGAAUCGUGAUCGAAGAGAAUGAGGACGGAACGACCAACGUGCUGGCGCACGAGAGGCUGGCCAUUGUGGACGUCCUCUCGGGUCAUCAGCCCCUCUAUGAUGACGCCAAGGAAAUAUGUCUGACAAUAAACGGAGAGAUCUACAACCACAUGGAGCUGCGAAAGCUCCUUCCAGAAGACAUCAUAAAAAGUCUGAUUAGCCAAUCUGACUGUGCAGUCAUUCCGAACUUGUACAAGAAAUAUAGAGAUAAAAUGCCAUCCAUGCUGAACGGGAUUUUCUCUGGAGUUAUAAGUGACAAAAAGAAGAACACCUUCUUCGCGUUUAGAGAUCCCAUAGGGGUUUGUCCUCUCUAUGUAGGAUACGCAUCUGAUGGGUCCAUCUGGUUCGCCUCAGAGUUCAAAGCACUAAAGGGUAGCUGCGUUAGGUAUGUUAACUUUCCUCCUGGACAUUACUACAUCAACUGCAAAAAUAAGGGAGAGUUUAUUCGCUACUUUAAUCCCAAUUGGUGGGAUCUAACUUCUGCCAUUCCUAACAAUAAAGCUGACUUGGAACAGAUUCGAGUGCACCUGGAGAAGGCCGUGGUAAAGAGGCUCAUGGGGGACGUACCCUUCGGAGUGCUUCUCUCCGGGGGGCUGGACUCCUCCAUCGUGGCAUCGAUAAUUUCCAGACAUUUGAAGAAGAUCCACGGGGGGGAAAGCGAGGCGGGUGCAACACAGCCGGCAAAUCAUCGGGCAACUGAUAGCCCAUCUCACCUCAGCAACGAAGAAAACUAUGGGAAUCGCCCCGCCGAGUCCUUCCAGCUUAAGAGUUUCUCCAUCGGGCUGCGUAACUCGCCCGACCUGAAGGCCGCAAGGGAAGUUGCAAAUUUUCUUGGGAGCCACCACACGGAGUUCCACUUCACCGUGGAGGAGGGAGUCGACUCUCUUCACGACGUCAUAUACCACAUAGAGACGUACGACAUCACGACGAUCCGUGCUUCCACCCCGAUGUACAUCCUUUCGAGGCUGAUCAAAAGCAGUUGCGUGAAAAUGGUUCUAAGUGGAGAAGGAGCGGACGAAAUCUUUGGAGGCUACCUCUACUUUCACAAGGCUCCUAACCGGGAGGAGUUUCACCGCGAGUUACAAAGGAAGGUGCAUGAUCUGCAUAUGUAUGACUGUUUGAGGGCAAACAAAUCGACCAUGGCAUUCGGGAUCGAAGCGCGGGUUCCCUUUCUCGAUCUGGAUCUCUUAAACGUAGUCAUGAAUAUUGAUCCGAAAGAAAAAAUGUGUUCAGAGGGACAUAUAGAAAAGGACAUUCUAAGGCGCGCUUUCGCUGGCUAUCUGCCUGACCAUAUCUUGUACAGACAAAAGGAGCAGUUUUCCGAUGGGGUUGGCUACAAUUGGAUUGAUGGUUUGAAGGAGUACGCCGAGAGUAAAAUUUCGGAUACGCAAUUUUCACGCGCACCGUUUUUAUUUCCAUAUAAUACUCCCAAGACGAAGGAGGCCUACUUGUACCGCUGCAUUUUCUCUGAGUGCUUCCCAGAACAGUGUGCGCAGGAGUCGGUCCCGGAGGGGUCCUCUAUCGCCUGCUCGUCCAACAAGGCGGUAGAAUGGGAUGCGUCCUUUAAGCAGAACCCAGAUCAGUCGGGCAGGUCCGUCCUCGGCGUGCACCACAGCGCGAAGCAAUUCUCCGACGUCAAGCCCGUCCAGCUGCCCGACGAUGAGAGCAGGGCGCUUCUCACAGGCGCAAGUUGA